AUGACCCCCGACCUCCGGCCCGCGACCCCCAGCCCCCGGCCGGUCACCCCGACCCACGACCUCCGGCCCGAUAUAUGUGAAGUGCUGAAGGUGCUCCCUGACUCCUGCCCUGUGCUACAGGCGGGGGUCCCAGGGAGGAUCCCGGCGGAUGUCGCGACACAGGCCACGACGGGCGAGGGGCGCGUGCGAGCGCUGCAACGGGAGGUGCAGGGGGUCACCAGCAUCAUGACCCAGAACGUGGAGCGGAUCCUCGCUCGCGGCGAGAACCUGGAGCAGCUGCACAGCAAGAGCCAGGACCUGGAGGCUACGUCAGAGCACUUCCGCACAACGUCCCAGAAGAUGGCCCGGCGCUACUGGUGGAAGAAUGUGAAGCUGCUCGUCAUCCUCGGCCUCGUGGGCGUCAUUGUCCUCGUCCUCAUCAUCCUCCUAGCCACUGGCACCAUCCCCACCUAAAGCCACUGUCCCCAUGAAAACACAGCCACCCCCAGGCCCAAAUACAGAUGGAGGGAAGAGCCAGCA